GACUGUAGACUGAGACUCGGACUUUGUACCAAACUCACAGUUACUAAUCUGAGCCCCAGCAGUAGAAGUCAUGUCCGGGUCUCCUCCUGUUGUCAUAUGGGAGCAUGAAGUGGAGCGCCUGCUGCAGUACAGAGAGCUGAUCCCUCGUCUGGAGGAGGCUUUGGGCAAGUUCUCCAAACGGGACAGCGCUGAAGUGAUCCAGCCUGUGCGCUCCACGGUGCCCCUGCAGAAACACGACGGGUUUCUUGGUCUGAUGCCUACAUACAUGGAGAAUGAUGGAGUUCUGUCCACGAAGCUUGUGUGUUUCUACAACAGGGAGGCUGGUUCCUCUUUACCAGGUGUUCAAGCCACAGUGGUGCUAUUGGAUCCAGAGUACGGGAAUGUCAAGGCUGUCAUAGAUGGAGAAGUCAUCACAGCUAUGAGGACCGCUGCAGUCUCUGCCAUCUCUGCUAAGCUGCUGAUGCAUCCUGAAGCGGAGGUUCUGGCCAUCCUGGGAACCGGCAAACAGGCCCUGAGUCAUUAUAAUGUCUUCACUGAAAUAUUUCCAUUCAAAGAGGUUCGAGUGUGGGGUCGCACUAGGGAGGGAGCAGAGAGGUUUGUCCGCUCAGUUGGAGGUGCUGCGAGGGCAUGUGGCUCAGCGGAGGAGGCGGUGAGGGGAGCUGACGUCAUAGUAACGGUAACCGGGAGCACCAAGCCAGUGCUGUUUGGUCAGUGGGUCAAACCAGGAGCCCAUGUGGCAGCGGUGGGAGCCUGCAGACCAGACUGGAGGGAGAUGGACGACGUGCUGAUGAAGGAGGCUGUGGUUUAUGCUGACAGCAGGGAGGGAGCCAUUGCUGAGUCUGGAGACGUCGUCCUCUCAGGGGCUGAAGUGUUUGCAGAGCUUGGAGAUGUUAUUAACGGGACCAAACCUGCCCUCAGAGAGAAGACAACUGUGUUUAAAUCUCUUGGAAUGGGAGUUGAAGAUGCAGUUUCUGCUAAGUUGGUAUUUGACCAAUGGAAAGCCACAGCCAGACGUCUAUGAAAAGGAAUCCUGACCUGUUUGAUCUGUGGUGAUCAAGAUUACGGCAAUAUAUACAUGGACCAGAAAUUAUAUGUUUCAGUCCAAACAAAGCUGAUUGUCCUGCCAAAAACACCAUAUGUAUACCAAGUCUGCAACACAGACAUGCAUGUAAUUCUAAAAUAGUUAACUGAUUACUCAUAUACUCAAUAAACAGAACAUUACAAACAUUCAGGUCAGUGAUUUGCUUGAGCAUUUCAUCAAGAAACUUACAGAGCUGACAGAAUCUACAACAGGGGUCACCAACCUUUUUGAACCUGAGAGCAACUUCAAGGGUACUGAGUAGUACGAAGGACACCUUGUUUGAUACAAACUUCCUCAAUAGCAAACUUGCGCCAUCAUCUUUAAACAAUAAUAAUAAUAAUGAAAAUAAUAUGUAAAAAGACUGUCUGAUCACAUUUAUGUUAAUUAUUCCUUACAAUAAUUAUUAAUGAUUUCCACAACAAUGAUGGUAGGAAACACACACACAUAUGGAAAUCUGUUCCAAUAUUUAAAAGUCAGAGGUAUCCCAUCUCUGAAACUUUGGUAAAUAUCUUUCUUGGCAGUUUUGUAUGAAUCAGUAUAUUUGCAGCAUUUUGUUCAAAAUCACACCAGUUACAUUUCUGUGCAAAUUAUCACUUCUAACAUUUUUAGGAAAUCAUUAACUGUCAUCAAAUCAUGCUUCAUUUAUGCAAACCACUACCUUUGUAACAUGUUUGAACAAUUCAUGAACUCUGUCCCAUGUUUGUACAAAUUAUCAGUUAUGUAAGAAAAAAAAAAUCAACUCUUUCACAUUUUGAAAUGAAUCCUAUCACAUUAGUACUAAUCACCAGCAUUUUUCACCAGCAUUGCAACUUUUUUAACAGAUCAUAACAACAAAUCAUUACAUGAUUUCAACUAAUUAUUUUUCACAUUUUUGUGUAAUGGCACGGUGUUUUGAAUGACAACAUGUUACCUCUUUCUUUGUCUGUAAAUGUGUGUUAGUGGGAAGCCUGGCAUUGCAGAGCUUAUCAUGUCUUACCUUUACCUUGCAGCUCACAGUUCAGAUGGUUCAGUUUCCCAGUGAUGUCCGUUAAAAAUGCAAGGGCAAGAAUCCACUCAGUGUCCUCAAGCAGCAAGGUGUCUUCCCCUUUGGAUUGCAUCUACUCUUUGAUUUCGGCCAACAGUGACAAAAAACGCUGCAAAACUGUUCCCCUGCUGAUCCAUGAGGUUUCUGUGUGUAGUAACAGGUCACCAUGUUCAGCUGACAGCUCCUCCAGCAGCAUCUUCAAUGUCCUGGUUGUUUGGCUCUGGAGCCAUUUAUGAUCUUCACGACACGAGUCAUCACAUGAUCAAAUCCGGCCACUUUUGUACAUACAUAUGUCCUGCUGGUGAAUGAUGCAGUGGUAAUGUAGGAAUAUUGGGAAGUCUGGAUCACCUCUGCAUCGUACAAUGAAGCCUGCAUGGCGACCCGUCAUGGAGGAGCCCCGUCCAUCUUCAAUGAAUCAAGCUUUCCUAACCGUACAUUUUUCUCCACGAAGAAACGUUUCGCCACUAAGUCCCAGGCUUUUCCUGUCCGUAGUACGCAUACAGUCUAUGUGCUACCAGGUGGCUAGUUAGCAUGGAAGCUUUGUGGCAGCUAAAGUAGCAUCUCUCCACAUUGUGCCGCUGUGCGGACGCAAUAGUCGCCCCGCAAAUAGGACACAUACGUUUAUCUUUCACUGUCGUGAAAAAGAACUCUUCCUCCCAGUCGUCGUCAAAAUAGUGUUUUCUCUUUCACUUCUCUGUCAUGUUUUGGGGGUAAAAAAAACACAUCUAGCUGCCCAAAGUGUCUGCGUCCGGACGCUUCAGCAGAGUGACGUGGUGGUUUGACAUGCGCAGUGAACUUUGACUCGGACACGGUCAGAGUUCAUUUACACCGAAGACCUUUUUGUUUUUUUAAAAAAAAUCAUCAUAAAUAUUGUAAUUUGAAAUCUGCAUUAAUGUAAGUAUUUUUGAUUUAAAAAGAACAGCAACUAUAAUUUUUUAUAAGGAAUUUCAUUGUGACUAGUUGCAGGCAACUCACAUGGUCUCUGCAGGCAACCAGGCGCCAGCGGGCACCGUGUUGACUACCCCGGAUCUACAAUCACACUAGCAGCUACUUGGUCACAGCAAAUUUACUCUAAGCAAAUUCUAACAUGUUUGAAUGAGUAACGUUUGUGAUAUACCAGUACUGUAAUAUUUAAACAAGAAAAGCAUUCAGAGAGCGGAGUACUCCGCCAAGGCUGCUCAGUCCUAUCAUUUCUGACGGCUGAAAUCUUGAAAAAAUUUGUGCCACAAAUUCAGAUAUAUUUUAUUAAUGCACAGAGAAAGAUAAAUAUAUUCUACCAAAGCAGAUUACAGCAGAUGUAUAUGAAAGGGAACCCCAGGGAAGCAAAAGCGCUUAUAAUUAGGGGACCCAGGGAUCACGGCACCAUAGAAAGUGGCCAUUUAAUAUAGAUGUAUCCACAAACAAAAUGACCUUGCUCUGAGCACAGGCGUGUGUCAUGCAUGUGUACAUCAUGUACGGAUACCAAACCGCGUGAACUAAAUAUGUAGGGGGCGGCCGGAAUUGAUGGGACUCGGAAACACCCCUACAAUUUAAUCAAUUGUUCCUUGUAUCAUUUCCAAAGGAUAAGUCCUGAUAAGUGGUGGAUUUGUAGUCGGACCACAAUCAUGUGAUCAGCUGAUAAACAGCCUAUUUCUGUUCACUUGUUGUUUUCAAUAAACUACUUUUUCAAAGUG